AGCAUUUCACUUGAAGAGACUUAAUACUCAAUGCGGCUGUUUCCUCACGGCGGUGCGUGGCACGUAGCCAGACAUUGUUUUUGCGUGACAGUACCACUGGGAGGAGCACUUACGCAGGUCAUGGAGAAAACGCUCUCGUCCGUGCCUUGCCAUUGCUAUGUAGUCGCUCGUGUCAAUGUCUAAGAACAGAAAAAGAGGAUAUUCGAUGUCUAAGAACAGAAAGAGGAGAUCUUAACGAGGAGGUAAUAACGAAAAGCCGAACGAACAUGCCAGUGGUGCUCGACAGACUCCCCCUGCCAAAUCUCACCUGGUACACGGGGUUCAGUUUUUUGUUGUUGUCCUUCUCCGUGUAUUAUGCAGGCGUCCAGGUCGCCCAGAAUCCGAACUGGAAGGAGAAGUUGCUCGAGAAACACAACCGCUCGGACGUGCAAGAUGAAGUGUCCCUCUACCACGUGGAGGAUAAUAGGGCGCAGGAACGGGAGAUGACCCCUUACCUCAUUCCCGAAGUCAUCAGUUUCAUGUUCCACGAACAGCUUUGCAUUUGGACCCUAAUCAACAUGGCAUACUGUGUUCUCAUUCUUCUUGGAACCCUCAUCCAGCGUCUGGUCUUUGGAGAACUGAGAGUAUCUGAGCAGCAGCAUAUCAAAGAUAAAUUUUGGAACUUUGUUUUUUAUAAGUUCAUCUUCGUAUUUGGUGUUAUGAAUGUUCAAGCAAUGGAGGAGGUUAUACUUUGGUGCUCAUGGUUCAGUGUCUUGGGAUUUCUCCACCUUUUGGCACAGCUUUGUAAAGAUCGUUUUGAAUAUUUGUCCUUUUCUGCUACGACUCCUCGGAGGACUCACGUUCGGCUGCUUGGCUUGCUUGGCAUCAUAUUAACAAUUGCAACAUUUUGUCUUUUAAUAUGCGUUGUUGUUGGCUGUCACUCUGGCAUAAAUACCUUUGCUUUUAUGGUUGCCGAGUGCAUACUGUUGAUUGUGAGGACUCUAUAUGUGAUAACACGCUACAGCAUCUACCUCUGGGAUAUUUCGCAUGAAGGACUUUGGGAAAAGAGAGGGCGCUAUGUGUAUAUGACGGAGCUCGUGUUUGAACUGAGUGAGUUGGUGAUCGAUAUGGUCCAUCACAUCCACAUGCUGGUGUGGGGUAACAUGUUCCUGACUAUGGCCUCCCUGGUGAUAUGUAUGCAGUUGCGGCUACUGUUUUACCAGUUACAGCACAAAGUCAAGUCACACCGCAACUACCUCAGGGUCUUGCAACUCAUGAAUAUGUAUCCAGAGAUAAGUGGAGUAGAUAUACUGUCUGAAGAAAACACCUGUGCAAUAUGCUGGGAACACUUAGAGAGCGGUCGCCGUCUUCCAUGCUCUCACCUUUUCCAUGCAUCUUGUUUGUUAGCCUGGUUGCAUCAAGACCCAUCAUGUCCUACUUGUAGACAUAAAUUGCAUAAACCAGAACAGAACGAUGCUCCCUCUUUACCCAGUUCCAUCUUGGAAGGCCUUUUGCCCUCUGGAGAGGAAAAUCCACUCAUGAGGGAUGAAAAUAGAGGCGAUGUAUCUCACGGGGGUAAUGGAGGUACAUUUCCUUCUCCGGCAGCUCCUGAAGGCUCUCCAGGUACUGCUGGCUGGAGAUAUGUAUCUUGGCUGCCAAGUUUUAGCGUUGAGCAGAAUCACACACAACUACCCCGCCAUCAUCAAGCGAAUUCCCAGCCAGCAUCUACUUCCCAACUUGAUAACUUAGCCAGACAGGUACAACAAAUGUUCCCAGAUGUAUUAUAUGCUCAUAUUUUAGAAGAUCUCCGGCACACACAUUCUCUUGAAAUAACAAUUGAUAAUAUUUUAGAGCAACGAAUGGUUAAUCCACCACCCAUGUUUUCAACUCAUGAUAGUUCAAGCUCCUUGUUUGGUAUCAACCUUGAAGAAGAAAGCCAGAACCUACAGAAGGAUGAUGAUGAUUCCAAAGAUGAAGAGGAAAAUUUUGUUGAUGCUCCAGUGAUACCGCCAUCAAGCAUGUCCCUGAAGCCUCUCUUUCUUGAUAGUCAGUCUGGUGUUUUAGAAGAAUCCAGUGACACUGAGUCUGAAGGGAGUGGUUGUGGAGUUGGGCUGUCAGGCGUAGGGGGAAGAUUCAGCAAAUCGCCUCGUGAAAGAGAGCAGAUGCUAGCACAAAGGAAAACCGCACUUCUGUCAAUAGCACGACGACGAUUUGUCACCAAAGCUAAGCCUGAUGAAUGUGAAGAAGGAAAGGAAUCUUUGGGUUAUGGAACAUCACAGGAGAGACUGACAGUGUCGGAAAAUGAAUAGUUCCAUUUUGCACUUGAUUUUUUUAACAUUUUGAGGAGUUCAUAUAUUGCUUUUGAAAAAGUGAUUCACUUUUUGUGCUUCUCCAUCUAAGCUUUUGCUAAUGUCAUUGGGAAGGUGAUAGUUUUUGUUUUCUUUUAUAAAAAUAUCACUCAAAGAAAAAUAACAAAGUUUAAGAAGAAUAUAGAACAAAGUGUAUUUCAGCAUCUGCAAGUUAGCGCACAUUUGCUUCAUGGCUUAAGAAUGACUAGUUUUAGUUUUUUAGACUACAGAUGAUAGGGCUCUUGAUUAUCUAAAUAGAGUUUCAUCAUGUAGAGGAACCAGAAAUUGACUUGAGAGUCUUCAUAAAUAUACUGAUUUUAUCCAAUGAUUGAGAAUGACUAUUAAGGAGCAUUUUUUGCUGUUGCUUUACUGCCCAAAAAAUGAAAUUCACAAAAAAGGCACCAGUAUAAGAGAUUGGAACAUGGAUCAAGUUUUUGUUCCAGUCAUUUUAACCUUUCUAAUUCAGUGGAGUACUAAUUGGAUUGCGCACAUAAUUAAUUAAAGUGCACAAACUUUUCAGUUUGAUGAUUUACCCCAAGUUGAUUCUGCUUUUAAGAGAUAUCUGUACAUAGAUAUAUUUUUUAUCCAGAUCAUUUAUUUUUUGGUUACUACUGAAUUACCAGUAUUUUUUGUCCAGUUAAAGUUUUGUGACUCUGUUGCUCUAAACACUUGGAGUGAUUUUUCCUGUCUCUUCAUGAGUAGAUUUUUCCAAUUUUCAUUACUUUUAUUGCCACAUGCUUUAGUUAUAAGUAUUAAAGCAGUACCUUAGCAUGGGUGUUGCCAAAAUUUAUUAUUGGUACGUAUAGCCAAAUAUACAUUGCUUUAUCUUUCAGAAAAUUAAGUUUUGGUUGGAGAUCAGUAUACAAGUUCACACUUCAAGAAGCUUAACUGUAAGGCAUCAGAUGGUUGGAAGUUUGGUAUGUUCAACUCUAAUGCUUUUGUUUUACAGUGGUGCUGGAUUUGCUGUGUUUUAUCGUAAUAGUUUUGAGGGUAUGAGCCCUUAUGUCUCACUGUAAGAUAAAACCUAGAAUGUGCUGCGGUAAUGUUCUUAUAUUUUUUUAUUGAAUUUUUAUUGGUUAAUACUGGUUUGACAACCUCUUUCGUAUUGAUAACUAUUCCCUUACUUUUUCUUCAGUGAAAAAAGAAGUGUUUUGCAUCAUAGUUGCCCGUUAGUAUUUGACAAAAAAGAAUUCUAAUGGGUCAGAUGCUUUUGUUGUUCCUAUUUCUUUUAGGAUUACAAAGAUGAUAAUCCCUUUCCCAUUACUCAAGUGUGAUUUUGUUUUGGUAAAGGAUAUGCCACCUUGUUGUGACAGUGUAUCACAUCACAACCUGUGGUGUGAAAUUGAUUAAUCAAGUUGAUUAUUACCAAAAAAAAUUAUUGAGUAGCAAAAGAAAAUUGCACUAUGUUGCAAUUUAAACAUUUUCUUCAUUGUUUGUGUGCCCUUUAUUUUUAGUUUUAAUCCAUGGGUGACAGACUAGUGAAAGUGUUGUCUCAUUGUGUCACCUUAUGAGUGUAUUUUGUUUUUAGUAAUCUAAUUCAUGUGUAACAUUCAGAUCUCUACGAAAAGAAGUGUAACUUUAUUUUAAAACCUGCAUUGUUGUGAAAACAUUAACAAGACAUUGUUAGAUGAUGGUUUAUCUUAAGCAAAUAUACCCUGUAUUUUGAAGGAUUUUGCUUGUAAAUUUGUCUUGACCUCAAAGGCCCCUGAUAUUAUUGAGGGUUUCCUGUGCUGCUUUUUUGUUGAGGUUGAUUUGAAAGGCACUAAAAUUUCACUCCAGUCUUGCAUCAGUUGGAUUCUGUUUAAUGGAUAUCACCAGAGAUGAGACAUCAUUGUAACAUUCUCAUCUGGGCUAUCUGAAAUAAUGGAAACAAAUAUAUUCUUGCCGUCAUAACGGGGCAGUUGCUGCAAACUGUGAUUCUAAGAUUUUGUUUUUCUUCUCUUGCUUGCAUUCAGACUUUCCUUCUGACACUUUAUCAUUAGUCUUGUUUUUGUAUUUUGCUUUUUUGAAAUGUGUCAGACCUUUUGCAUGAAUGUGUACCCAAGACAAUUUCAGUAUGUUUUCCUAACAUUGAGGUGACAUUUGAAACACACAGGCUUACACUCCCAUAUCCCAUAAGAAUUUAUAGUGGUAAUGUAACUAAGAGCAGAAUUCUGAAAGAAUGCACGUUGAGUGCCUACCAGCACAUAUGGUUAAAUGGCAUAAAGGCUCUAAUGUCAUUUUUAAAGUAAUGACGUUUUUUUACUUUUUUCCAGAAUGUUUUACUUGCCUGUUGCAAAAGCUCUUGAUUUUAUAUCUAAAUCCAGAGUUCUUUGGCAGUAGUGUAGCUCUUUGGAAGGAUGUAUUUCACCAUCGCCUUCCUGCACUUUUUGUCAAGUGGUCUUUUUGAGCAUUAUUUUGAAAAUGAGCUACCUCUUUGCUGUACCCACCUUUUUUUCACACUCAUAGUUUAACUUCUGUUCUCUUCUUGUCCAGUGGCACUUCAAAACUUGAGAGGAAAGGUGCUUUGGCAUUUCUUGUCUUGUUUUUAGUGUAUAUUUUUCCUGUUUCAAUCUCUCAUUUUACAAGUGGAAAUUAUUGGUUUUUCCAACCAUUUGCAUUUGGUACUUGAAGUUCUGCGGUGUCUGGAAGUGAACUGCCUUUCUUUUUGUUCUUUUGGGUAGUGUUUUAUUGUUGGUUUGAAAGUAAAGUUAAUUAUUUCAUGAACUCGUUUAUUUGUAUUGAUUGAAAGUUCUUGGAAAAGGAAUAGUUCCAUCCUCAGCAUUGUUUUGAUAGGAAAUGAUACUUGAUGACUAAAGACCAUUCUUGAAUACUGACUAAUGUGAAUGUGGUGGUUUUACUCAUCAUGAUAAUCCAUUGUUAGAUGGAUUUUUCUCUAGGUAUUUUGAGUAUUCAGGACAGUUGGCCUUGAAUUUUAGUAGUGCACAUUGUACUUUAUAGUUAAAUAUGUCCAAGAUUGUACAUUCACUCGACUUUUGGAAUCAAAAUAUGUACAUGCUUGAAAGUACUAUAUUACAGUGAAAAGGAGGCAUUUUUACUAUCCAAUAUUAGUAUAUAAUACUGUAGUACACAGUAUGGUUUUUAUUUGUGAUGUAAUCUGUCAUCUUGAUUGUUUUACGAAGUUGAUGUACUAAUAGUUUUAAUUAAAAUUCUGUGCAUAUUUGUGUCCAUUAAGCAAACAAACCACGUUAUAUUUUUAACAAUGUUUUGUUAGAGGUAAAGAAUAGUACUGAAUUUCUAUUUAGAAAUAAGAAAAACACUGAUUACAGUGGGUUAGCCCUCCUCCCACGAGAUUAGUCCUCAUCUUGCUGCAUUGCAGUUUUGGUAUUGUAAAAAAGUGUAACAAGUCACCCCCACAGUUCCUUCAUAUCAAUGUCUUGCUUUAUAUUCCAGCAUUCCCUGUGUUUUUGUAAAGUUAUCAUAUUUAUUGACUGAAAACUAAUGUGAACAUAAAUUGAUUAGUGUGAGUUGAAGUGUUCUCAUCCAUUUAUUACCCUAGCUAGAUCCCCUUAAAUUUCUUAAAUGGAUUUUGUUACUGGAAAGUGGUUUUGGAAUUGCAUUUUGCUCUUUUUGUAAUGCUAGCUUUACCAAGACCUACAGCAGAAAUGGAUUCUCAAGUAGUGCUAUGAUUUGCAUUUUGUGGUAUUGGCUGUAGCCAUGUGGUAACUUGAGCUUUUCUGGAGAUUGGCAAUCUUGAAGAUCUUUUUCCAGAAAGGAAAGAAUGCUUCAGACUCGGAAUGCAUAUUUUAAUCUGGGGCAAUUUGGGCCAGGCUUUAUAAGAAGAUGAAGGCUGAUCCAGCAACUAUUUAGUCUUUUUAGACCAAAGUUGGAGAUAUUGGGCACUUGGCUGUUUUUCUUUGAAAUCAGUAAGUUCCACGCAUGGCCAAAGAGCCUUUGGCAGAACUGGGUAAAGCAGUGUUCAUUAUUUGACUAGGAUGCUGUCUAAGAGGUGAAUCUCUAAUACAUAGUGGUGUAAUCAAGAGAGUUCAUGUGUUCAGUAACAUCAGGAGAACUUUAAUUACAGGGUUUGGGAUCAGAGUCCAGUUUCAUUUGGUUAUGCUGAAGACCAGCAAGAGCAAAUUCAGGACUAUCAGUAGAAGUAGGCUGGAACUAUUUAUCGAUCACUGACCUCAUUCCUUCUUAAUGCGAUUAUCAUAGACUUUUUUACAGCAACUUUUCCUGUUGCAAAAUGGAAAGAGUUCUCACCAACUUCCUCUUCUGUCUUGUGCUCUUUCUGAUGGAACUUGUUUAUCAGGCCUAGGUUUUCACUUUCCUCUUUUUCCUGGGUCUUCCUACAUGUCUUUGCCCUAUUGCUUCCUUACCUUCUGCAGUUGUGAUUAACAGUUCUCCAUCCCUUUUCAACAAAUAUCAAAACCAUCAUGAUCUUUGAAAGCUCAGUUUUUUCUUCCAGCUCUUUGUGACAUCACUCCAGUAGUCAUCAUUCAUAUUAUUAUAAUUAAAAAGUUUGACCAGAUCACUGGGUAAAAGUUUACACACUCUCUCCCACUGUACUAUGGUUGUGAAUCUCGACACUCAGUGGUCACACUUCAAAAUUCCUCCAUUUUCGUCAUUAGUGCCCAGGUUCUUGCUGCUUAGAAUAGUACCUGAUGUAAGUCUUUUCUCUCCCUACUAACAGGAUAUUUUUAUUUACUAGUAGUUUGGCUAUCUUAAUUUCAUCCAUGUUACAGCUACUUUUUCUUACUGUUGUCAGCUCCUGUUUCAUUUAGUAUGUCUGCCAGGGAUAUGCAUGAAGACCUUAUUUUCAUUUGACUGGGCUGCACUUCAUAUUGUAUUGCUUUCUCUGAAAGUAGCAAUUUGCCGUAAGAAGUUGUCUGUUUAUAUGGACACCAGUCUCUUUAUCUUAAACAGCAAGUGAUAAGUAUGGCAGCUUAGACAAAAAAAGAAAACAAAGGAACCCUUUUAUUGGUGGGGAGGGCUCACCCAGUGCGAUAUUUUCACUAGUUUAUGAAUGGGAGCCUUGUGCUGUUUUACACUUAAUUGUGUAAUGGCACAAGUAAAGUAAGAGGGUUUUCAUAUUUGGAGCAUAACUAUUUAGAACCAUUGCUGUAAUUCUCUUAGCAUGUUUUUUUUUGUCAUCUUCAUUAGUUUGUUAUUUAAUGGUGAUGAGAGUAAGCAAGGUAAAGGUAAAGCAUUGAAUGUUUUAAUGAUGCAUAAACCAGUUUUUUUAUGUAACUUCUUUACAGUGAGUAAAGCAGUGUGUAGAUUAGUUUGUUCAUGGUUUUCAAAUCUCAGUAAAAAGUAUGACUAUUUUAAAGAAGAAAAAAUAUAAGUGGCUAAAUUGUUCUCUUUUGGUAUUUGUACGGUGUUAUAGGAACAGAGAAUGGAUUGCCAUUAGUUAUUAGGGCAUGGAUAAGUCUAGCUUGGCAAAAGUAGGUGACAGGAAAAUAACUAGACUUUUCUGAAUGGAUAGAAUUUUAAAUUACUACCAGAAUAGUGAAAGCAGGAAAUUUUUACAGCUUAAGCAGUAUUGUUUUGUAUGAUAUUUGUGGUGAUGUAUGUGGCAGCCAGUUGCCUAGAAACGGUCAAGUGCAGAUGUUGGUUUUAAUUGGGUAAUCAGCACUCACUGUAUGGCAUUAAGGUGUGUGUUAUGUACAAUGAACAUGAAAAUUAUUUAAAAUUUUAUAAUUGGGCAUGAGAAUGAAAAUAUUCGCUGUCAUGAAGAAUUGAAUUAGUGUAUCUACAAGAAAAUUGUGCAUCAUUUGAUCUUGAACUUGGAACAAGAUAAUUGUGCCAAGUAGAAAUCGUGAAUUGUUAGAUUUGUGUGCUUGGUACACAUUUCAGUGACUUCAGGUCAGUAUAUUAAAUUCAUAUAUUAAUCCUGUGAGAUUCUGAUCACAUUUGCAGUCAUUCAAAUGGCAACCCUUGAGAUUUGCUCCCUGCAAAUGACUGUGGAUUUUUUCUCAAACUUCAGCUGGUCUAUUCAGGGCUUGAUUUUGUUGGUUUCAAUGUUCAUCCAGCUCUAUGCUAUGAAAAAUUUACAAUAAACUAAAAAGAAAAAUAUGCAUAUGUUAGUGUAAUUUGCCACCAGCUUUGUGACACUCGCAGAAUCUCAAAGGGUUACAGUACUAUAAGAGAAUUUUAUCUUGAUGGCAUUCCCAUUUUAUUGUUCAUAUUGUGGGCUGCUAGAAAUUUCAACCUUGAGCUCUCAAGGUAUGAAGGUUAAGGUGUCAAACAGAUCUUCCAGGUACGUAGUAGUUGCAUGUAGGAAGUUGCUUUCUUGAUGGCCAUACAUUUAUUUUUGACGGCUUGCCAGGCUGAGCAGUCAAGGGUUUUGAGUUGGGUAAAAUUUUAUUAUUUAAAUAUACAAAAGGUAUUUGUGUGGGAGACAGUUUUUUUAAUUCUCUUUUUGCAUAUGUUAUGCAAAAUAGUGUUUUUAUGUUGUGAAGUCUUUUACAGGAGCUUUUGUAAAGCUGUUGUGUAAAUAAUGCAUCAUUUUAUUCACUUGGGUAUACCCGAUAUGCUGAGGUAAUUUAUCAUGUACUGUAACAUUUUUGAAUGUGUUCAGUAUGUCCAUUCACUUCAUAUUUUUAAUAUCUUUCUCUUUUGUAAUGAAAAUUAUUUUUUGCUGUAUUGCGUUCUCUCCUGUUGUGUUGUUGAUGUGUUUUCAUAUGGCAUUGUUUCAGGUGAUUUGAGUAUAGUUUUAUUAUGAUUCUCUAAACUGCAUUUGUCUUUAGAUUGUUAUAAUAUUUUUUAUUUUCUUUUGUAUCUGUCAUUGACAUCACAUUCUACAUUUUACCCUUGAUCAUACUUAAGCUGGACUUCAUUUUUUUUUAUGAUGAACGACGAUUAUACGAGUCUUAAUAUUAAGGGUAAAUUUUCACAUUUUUAAUUCUCUACUAAUACUGCAAUUUUCAGCAGGCAUUUAAACUUACUAAUAGAUUUGAAGAGGAAUUCAUCCAUGACUUAUUAAUUAGGACAUCAAAGUCAUCAUUGUUCCUUCAAAUUUUCCAAUUUCUUACCCAAAUGAGUUUUGUUCAAGGUACUUGUAAACAGUGAUUUAGAGAAUUUUAAAUAUGCUUUAAGAAAAAGUGUGAUGUAGAUUCCUGGAUUUUACUGUUUUCAGGAGUAUGGAACUUAGAUAGCAUAAUGAAAAAGAAACUUAUCAGUAGGUAUAAAUAACGCACAUGAUUGUACUGUGUAUGUGAUAUUGAGGAUAGGUCUCCAUAGACAGUUAUAUGGUUUGGUCUUGUGCCACUGCAGUAGUCUUGCUGGGAAAGCAUACCAGUUUCAGUGUUAGGGAGUGGUACCCUAACAGUUUCCCCAUUCCAAUAGACUCAUCCUAUUGCCGUUAAUCUUUUAUAUACAGUUGUUAUUGUAUCAUGCUUUUUUUCAUAAAAAUCAAUAUCCCUAGCUGGAACUUGACUAUGUUUUAACCCAUUAUCAUUAACUCCUAGAGGCAUUUUUUCUUUAGUGGAGACAUUUGCAAAAAUUAUGUUCUCUUUGUAUUUGCUAUGUAAAUAAAAGUGUAUUUGUA